ACAAUUUAUGCCCCCGGGCCCCAAAAUCAACACAAACGGAGCAAAAGUACAACAAUGAUUGACAUUUAUUUAGUGGAGCACAAGCGAAACGAGUGAGCCUGAGAGAAGAGCUUCUCCUCCGGCGCUCAUUCCGGUGUGCUCGAUUCUUCGCACCAUGACGCUCUACCGCGGACGUGUGACGACAUUCGGCGUGCCACCCCCCGCUCUGAACUUCACCGGACCUCCGCUCAUCUACUUGUACGGAGGAGACGGCGGUGGCGCGGUGCCCGCCGCUUUGAGCCUCGUGUCGGCUAGCCACGACCCACCGCAGAAGCCGCCUUACAGUUACAUCGCGCUCAUCGCCAUGGCUAUUAAGAGCACGCCGGAGCAGCGCGCCACGCUGAGCGGCAUCUACCAGUUCAUCAUGGAUCGCUUCCCUUUUUACCACGAUAACAAGCAGGGCUGGCAGAACUCCAUUCGCCACAACCUCUCUCUUAACGAUUGCUUCAUCAAGGUGCCCAGGGAGAAGGGCCGACCCGGGAAAGGCAGCUACUGGACGCUGGACACCAAGUGCACCAACAUGUUUGAGAAUGGGAACUACCGGCGGAGGAAGAGAAAGGUCAAGUGUCAACAGGAGCGCACCAAAGGUACAUCACCAGCAUCGGAAAAGGACCGUCCCCGCUCAUCUUCCUUGGUGGUGGAGAUGACGCUGAAGCACGACGCGCAGGGAUCGGCGACGCGACACCACUCGGAACCGGUGCAACGGCAAUCCCGCCAAACACACAGACAGAAAGUGUGUCGUGCCGUGAAGCCGACCAGGAGGAAGCAAGAUCAGAGGCACAUUUCACCACCACGGGCACAUGGCGCACCCGGAAUCAGCUUGCAAAUUCCCGGUGACAAGUCCACAUCUCUUCCAAAAGCAGGUGUUCCGAGCAGAUGGACAGCUUUCAGCAUUGAAAACAUCCUAGCAAAAAGUGAAGGCGACCUGGGCCCGCAGCGCCAAAGUACAGGUGCUGCUCCAAACGUGUUUUCGGACGCUCGACAGCAUCACUUAUACGGAAUGGGAUUACCGUUUUGCUCUUGCUUGUCACUCCCUUGUCCGGAUAAAACUUUGCAUUACAAAUCAGAAUAAUGCCUCACAAAUGUCCAUUCUUAUUCACUCAAACUGUGUUUCUCUGACUUUUGGGGGCUAAGGCAUAUAUACAGUAUACAGUAUUUUUUCAACAACAACAACAAGAAAAGCUCAAGGUAAACUACCAAAUAAAAAUGUCACUAAAAUGGAGACAAGGAUUUAUCAGACAUUAUCCGAUCUAAGUGGAAGAGCAUUUAAUUUGUUUCUCUGGCAUAGAUAAGUUGAACAAACAUACAUUAUUAAAUCGUUUUUGGACCAAUGAAAUAAAAUGGAAUAAAUUUCCCACCGUGCAUCUGGUGAUCUGUUGUGGGACACCUGCCACAGCAGCCGAGCUCCGAAAUCACUGCAUGAUUGUGUACAUUCCAUGUUAGAUGCACAGCUGAUUAUUUGAAAACGCAUACCUUCUUCUAUAUCGCUCAGUUCACUGUUUAUUGGCUCUCGUAUAGUUUUCUCUUAAAUAAGAGAGCACGUUAUUAAGAAUGAGGUACCGUAGUGUACAUCGCUAAUUCAAACAUUUUGUGUAUAGCCUUUUGUAACCUGACGAGUGAGAUUUAUACGCUUGCAUGACUUUGUAUUUCCAUCUGCCUUGAAUUUCAUGUAGAAAAUAAAGAAAGGGUAGUUUGGUAAUCAAUGAACGUUUGUUCGAGGAGACCAUUUUUUUUUUAAACUGACAAAAAGUGGAAAUGCAGAAGUCAAAGGGCGACGAGGAUCAAGGGCCAACACUCCAAAACUUUCCCAACCCCUGGAAAUGUAGUUUUAUGUGUGGUCCAUUCAAAAUGAAAAUGUCAUUUAGAGUAAAGGAUAUUUUUCAACCAAAGUUUGGGGCCCCUCUAGGAUAGGCGCAUUAUAAAUAGAAUAGAAAAGGACAGAAUAGGAUUUAGUUGAAUAAAAAUAAAAUAAAAUAAAAAAAAAGGAGGGUAGGGAGAUCAAAAGCUGUAUUAGUAAAUAUGUAAUCUUUUCUUACAUUUCUAUCGAAAUAUGUGAUUGAAUGACCGAGGAUCACUGUAAGAGUGUGUUGAUCACCUGUUAGUUGUAGUCAGUGUUUUGUUUUGUUUUUAAAUAAUGAUACAAGUCAAGUCAAGAGUAUUUCUCGAGCACUUUCAAACAGCCAUCGCUGCAUACAAAGUGCUGUACGUGGAGCGAUUUAACAUGCAGAAUAAACAGUAAGACAAAUCGGUAAUAAAGGCGGUAGAAAGCACCAAGCAGUAAAAUCAAGAACAAAUCUUAAGUCAUGCUGAGUCCAACGCCAAAGAAUACAAGUGAGUUUUGAGGAGGGCUUUGAAGAUGGUCAUACAAAUGUAUGACGCAAUAGGACAAAGACGACGGACACUUUCUGUGAGCUAACAAAAACUCUGAAAACAAAAAAAAAAUGCCUUUCCUGAAACUUGAUCAUUUGGAAAAACAUGACCGAAAUACUAGAUUUGUUGCUUAAAAGUCUACCAAUGUCAAUAGUUUGAUUUGGGAUCCAUUCUUUGAAUUUCAACCCACUAGUAUGAAGUCUCUUGAGGUUUCCUGAAACUUGGUCACAAAUUAUGACAUGAAAAGCUUAACUGAAAUCACUUCAUUUUGAAGAAGAUCAAACAAGAUGGCGGCCGAGCCCUGUGAUUGAAUACUUUGGACCAAACCUCACUUUUAAAUGAUUUUCCGACAAUGUCUAAUUUAUUCCUCUCCGUCUGCUGUGAUGCGGACGUUGUAUCGGUCUGUCGUGGUGAAGAAGGAGCUGAGCCAAAGGGCGGAGCUCUCAAUUUACCGGUCGAUCUACGUUCCAACCCUCAUCUAUGGUCACGAGCUAUGGGUCGUGACCGAAAGAACGAGAUCCCGGAUACAAGCGGCCGAAAUGAGUUUUCUCCGCAGGGUGUCCGGGCUCUCCCUUAGAGAUAAGGUGAGAAGCUCGGUCAUCCGGGAGGGGCUCCGAGUCGAGCCGCUUCUCCUCCACAUCGAGAGGAGCCAGAUGAGGUGGCUUGGGCAUCUGAUUCGGAUGCCUCCUGAGCGCCUCCCCGGUGAGGUGUUCCGGUCAUGUCCCACCGGGAGGAGACCCCGAGGAAGACCCAGGACACGCUGGAGAGACUAUGUCACCCAGGUGGCCUGGGAACGCCUCGGGAUCCCCCGGGGAGAGCUGGAAGAAGUAGCUAGGGGAGAGGGAAGUCUGGGCUUCCCUGCUAAAGCUGUUGCCCCCGCGACCCGGCCCCGGAUAAGCGGUAGAAGAUGGAUGGAUGGGUGGAUGGGUCUAAUUUAUUGAAAUUCCAAAGCAUGUGGCAAAUAUAUCUCAACUCCCGCUGUAUUUAUGACACAUGCAUGAAAUCAGUGCAGUCAGAUGACCGCAUCGUUGCAAACAGAGAGUCGCUGUGUCUAAAUAUAGCUUGACAGGUCGGACACCCACUAGCCUGAGAACGCUUGGCCGUGCAGGACUAUGCAAAUCAGGAAUGUUUGUUGAAAUAAAUAAAUCUCCGCUCAUUUGAAGAUGGAACUCAAACAAUUGUACACAUUUCCUGUGUUGAUCGUGUCUUUUCUCCCUCUUUUUUUGGGGGGAAAUAAAACAUACAAAAAAAAAUGUCAGAGGAGAAAGAAAAAAUAAACAAGAUUGUAUCAAGAAUUGCAAUCCUCGCCGAUCAACAACACAAAUAUCCACUCGGCUGCAUUUUUGUCUUCUCUGAAGGCUCGGAUCAUGAAAGUACUUAAUAAAUGCGACAGUUAUCUGAUGGUGAGUGUUUGUCCUGUAAAUGAUCUUCAUGAGAAGCAGCACCGACAAAAUGUGAAUUGUCGUCUUAUUUGAUCUUACGACGUACAUAAGCAAAUUA